AUGGCCACAGCAGAUCUUCUCGUUGUUUGUGCUGAAGCCAUUCUGAAGAAUACGCUGGAUAUAUAUUUCCCUAUUUUAUUCUUGACCACGAGCACGGUGUGCCAUCUAACAUUGACACUGUUUAAUGUAGUCACAUCAGCCUCUGUCUGGUUCACAGUGGUGUUCACCAUCGAUCGUUUUGUUGUCAUAUGUUGUAAGAAGCUGCGCAAACAAUAUUGCACGGAAACAACAGCAGUAGCUGUCAUUUCAGUGGUGAGUGUGUUGAGUUGUUUGAUAAACAUUCCCUGGUUCUUUGCCUAUGAACCUGCAUAUAUAAUGCAAAAUGGAAAUAGUGGUUGUGUCCUCAAACAGACAUUUUUCAUUUCUGCCGAAUGGGUCGCAUUUGACUUGUUUACUCUUACCUUGACCCCAUGUGUUCCAUUCAUUCUAAUUUUGUUGCUAAAUCUUUUGACGGCUAGACGUAUUUUGGCGGCCAGUAAAGUUCGCAAGGGCCUCCGUGGAUGCAGCAAUGGAGAACAUCACAAGGACUCUGUAAUAGAAAGCCGAAGAAAGUCCAUUAUUUUACUCUUCAGUAUAACCGGCAGCUUUAUAUUGCUCUGGACAACUCCACUUACAUAUUCUAUCUCUCUGCGUGUAACAAGCACAUCGAAUUCUGGCACAUAUAAGCUUGAGUCAGUUGGAUUCAUGCUAGGGGUCCUCAGUUGUUGCAUAAAUCCAUUCAUUUAUGUGCUGACACAGGCUAAGUUUAGGGAGGAGCUGAAGAGUGGAAUGAAGUACCUUGUGAAACUGUGCGUAAAACUAUGCAAAUUACAGCUGAAAACCCAUUGA